CGUCGUCCGUCAUCAUUUUCAACCCACUUCGCUUGCACCAUUCACAACAUCGAGCCGUGUUGCUUAUCAUGUGUUUUAAGGUUAGGUCAAAUAAAGUUAGGUUAAAGAUAUAACCUAAUGGCAAAAUAUUUAGUGCAAAUUUUGAUUCUUGGAACUCAAGUUGUGGGUAGAGCAUUUGCAAGAGCAUUACGACAAGAAUAUGCCGCUAGUCAAGAAGCCGCCAAAAGAGCAGGUGGAGGACAACGAGGUGCAAACUCUGCAGCAGCAAACGCAAGAACAGGUAUUAGUUUGGAAGAAGCUCUUCAAAUUCUCAAUAUUGAUAAACUAGAUCCUGAAAAAGCAGAAAAAAGUUAUGAACAUUUAUUCAAGGUUAAUGAGAAGACACAAGGAGGAUCGUUCUAUAUUCAAUCAAAAAUAGUAAGAGCUAAAGAAAGAAUUGAUGAAGAACUUGAACUGUAUAAAACAAGUGGAUCCAAGAAUAAGCCUCAGGACACAACAUGACAAAGCUGACUAGGAUUCAAGUAACACUAGUAAUAAUUAGAUACUAUAAAAUGUUAACUGUAUAAGAAAUUUACUUAAAAUUUUAUUGUAACCUACUAUGUUGUAUAGUUUACAUAAAAAUGCAGUAAAUAUACUAUCCUUGUAAAUAA